CGAAGCAUCAUGUUGAAGCAGUUCCUUUUAUUCUCAGCCAUAUUCGUGACACUGAUCACAGCACUAACGAAAGACAUCCACAAAAUGGCCAGCGAGCUUCACGCUGCAGGAGUCGAUAAAAAAUACACGGAUGAGCUGGUGAAGCUGGAUACUGACAUUGCAGUAGCUCUGGCAAAGGCUGAGGGAGAUGAACCGAAAAAGAAUAAAAUCUUUGAAGAAUACGACAGAGCACAGGAGAAACGUCGCCGAGCAAUGCCGAAGAAGCAAUUGGAAAUUGAGGAUAAAUAUUUUGAAACUGUUCGAUAAUUUUUCGAGUUAUAAAGAUUU